GCGGCAGCAGCGCACCGCUCGUUGCGCGUCGGCUGCUCGUUGCGCGCGAGCCUCCGCGGUGACGAGACGUUCCCGAGGACCUACCGACCGACUGCGCUUGGCAAAAAUGGAAAUUAAACCGAUGUUUGGAGUAAAUACUCGGUGCGAAACUAUGAUGCCAUGAAAGAUGUGACGAUAGGACUUGUCCUGGAUGGAGGCGCGACCAACAUGACACGCAACCCACCCGGAAGAGAAAGGACCUGAAGAUGAAGGACGUUUUUUCUGGGCAGAAGAAAGAAGAGUUUGAAGGCUUCGCACAGACAAGGCGACGAUAGAUAGCAAGGGGAACACUAGCACGUUGUCAUGGUCGUGAUGAGCAUCGAACCUGCGGCUUUGGAAGGAGGAGAACAUGGACCGCUGGUCUCCUGGGGUGGUUCUGUUUUGUAAACUAGGAGACACUGAUUGGCUUGGAGUAAGAGUUGAGACGCUUUGAUUCGCCCACUGAGACCCAUCAGUGAACCUAUGGCAGAGAGACUACACUAUACAGGUUCCUAUGCAUGACUGGACCAUGGAGAGCCUCCUCUGCCGUCUGCUGGUUCUGGGGGCCACGUUGGCGAUGGCCCACGCCUGCCCCAAGUACUGCACCUGCCAGAACCUGUCAGAGUCCCUGGGGACCCUGUGCCCCGCCAAGGGCCUCCUGUUCGUGCCCCCGGACAUCGACCGCAGCACGGUGGAGCUGCGUCUGGGCGGGAACUACAUCCUGCGCAUCACCCAGCAGGACUUCGCCAACAUGACGGACCUGGUGGACCUGACGCUGUCCCGCAACACCAUCGGCUACAUCCAACCCUUCUCCUUCGGGGACCUGGAGACGCUGCGCUCGCUCCACCUGGACAACAACCGGCUGACGGAGCUGGGGCCCGACGACCUGCGCGGGCUGGUCAACCUGCAGCACCUCAUCCUCAACAACAACCAGCUGGGCCGCGUCCACGACAAGGCGCUGGAGGACCUGGCGCCGGCGCUGGAGGACCUGGACCUGUCCUUCAACAACCUGCCCUCGCUGCCCUGGGACUCGGUGCGGCAGAUGGUGAACCUGCACCAGCUCAGCCUGGACCACAACCUGCUGGACUUCAUCCCCGAGGGGACCUUCACCGACCUGGAGCGGCUGGCCCGGCUGGACCUCACCUCCAACCGGCUGCGCAAGCUGCCGCCGGACACCAUCUUCGCCCGCGCCCAGGACUCGCCGGUGCUGACCACGCCCUACGCCCCCCAGCUGUCGCUGAGCCUGGGCGGCAACCCGCUGCACUGCAACUGCGAGAUGCUGUGGCUGCGGCGGCUGGACCGCGACGACGACCUGGAGACCUGCGCCUCGCCGCCCACGCUGAAGGGCCGCUACUUCUGGUACGUCAGGGAGGACGAGUUCACCUGCCGGCCGCCCCUCAUCACCCAGCACACCCACCGCCUCCUGGUGCUGGAGGGCCAGACGGCCAGCCUCCGCUGCGAGGCCGCGGGGGACCCCGUGCCCACCGUCCACUGGAUCUCCCCCGACGACCGGCUGCUGGGCAACUCGUCGCGCACCACCCUCUACCCCAACGGCACGCUGGGCAUCGGCAUCACCACCUCCAAGGACUACGGCGCCUUCACCUGCAUCGCGGCCAACGUGGCGGGCGAGUCCACCGCCUCGGUGGAGGUGUCCAUCGUCCAGCUGCCGCACCUCAGCAACGGCACGGGGCAGCCGGCCCAGCCCAAGUCCCGCCUCUCCGACAUCACCGGCACCAGCCGCGUCACCAAGGGGGCCCCCAAGGGCCCGCCGGAGAAGGUGGUGUCGGCGGCGGAGGUGACGGCGGAGUCGGCGCUGGUGCAGUGGACGGUGAGCACCACGGCGCCCAAGGUGAAGAUGUACCAGCUGCAGUACAACUGCUCCGACGACGAGGUGCUCAUCUACAGGAUGAUCCCGUCCUCCAGCAAGGCCUUCCUGGUGACCAACCUGGUGUCGGGCACACGCUACGACCUGUGUGUGCUGGCGGCGUGGGACGACAGCGCCACCACGCUGACCGCCACCAACGUGGUGGGCUGCACCCACUUCUUCACGCAGGACAGCUUCCCCACCUGCCGCUCGCUGCCCAGCCAGCUGCUGGGGGGUACCAUGAUCCUGGUGGUGGGCGGCGUGAUCGUGGCCACGCUGGUGGUCUUCAUCGUCAUCCUCAUGGUGCGCUACAAGGCCACCGACGGGGACCCCCACCCCUCCCCCGGGGACGACGUCGUCAUGGCGACCGACAAGCUGAGCGGCGGCGGCGGGGUGAGCGCCAGCCACUCCCAGACCAACGGCGGGCGGCUGGGCCACAACGGCGUGCUGCUGCCCCCGUCCCAGAGCCAGACCCCCCCGGGCAAGGAGCCCGCCCCCGAGCCCCCCUUCAAGGUGAAGACCAAGGUGAGCCUGCAGGACGAGGUGGUGGAGUUCCGGUGCGGCUCGCUGCAGAGCAGCCUGACCACCUCCUCCUCCUCCUCCUCCUCGGCCGCCUCCUCGGGGGGCUCGCUGCCCCGCGGGGGGGCCGGCGGCGGCCCCCGCAGCCCCAACAGCACGCUGGCCAGCAUCUGGAGGGCGGCGCCCGCCCGGGCCCGGCCCAACCUGGACCACCUGCUGGGGGCCUUCUCCUCCCUGGAGCUGCGGGGGGGGCCGCAGGGCCGCGGGCCCCACACCGCGAGCAGCCCGGCGCCCGCGGUGUCCCCGGGGGCCGCGGCCGACGGGAAGCCCCCCACGGACCGGGACCCCCUGCUGGGCCGGACACUAGACUCGCGGCUCAGCCGGCUGCUGAUGCUGGACCCCCGGCCCCCCAAGAGGAGCCAGUCCUUCGACAUGGGGGACGUGGCGGCCGCUAACGCUAACACAAACGCAAGCAGUGCGCCGGCUAGCAGCUACCCGCGGCGGCUCAGCAGCAUCUGGACUAAGAGGAGCCUGUCGGUGAACGGGAUGCUGCUGCAGUGCGACGAGGAGGCCAGCGGGGACACGGGGGGCAGCAAGGGCACCAUAGACAGCAACGACUGGGUCAUGGAGAGCACCGUCUAGGCUCUAGGACUUCCCCCCCCCCCCCCCGCCGCCCUGACCGCCGCUCACAGCGGUGACCCCGAAACACUGCCCAGUACCCUCGGCCCGUCGGUACCUCCUCACCCCGCUGAUGCAUGAACCAGCACAUGGAUGUUUGUCCCACGUUGUCAUCGAGCCAUGCUAGGCUACGAGCUACGUGCGACAAGCUACCUGUUGGCGAGCGAUGUGCUGUGAGCUUAAUGCCAUGGGAAAGGAGCUAGAGUGACAUAACUCGUGCUGCGUGCUACGAGCAACGUGCCUGGACGCUAGCCGCCGUACACGGUGGCAGAUGUGACAUGAUAAAGGGGGGGGGCAGAUCUUUGGCCAAAUCGUUACCACGUCCAGGCUGCUGACUCGAGGUAUUUGUACAGAAGUCAUGUUUAAAGAACGGACAUCACCAUGGAAACGAGCCCAGAGAGCAGCGCCUCGGCUCUCUGAAACGACACCCUGAUGGACUACUGCUAUACGCUGUGUACAUUGAAUAUAUGUGAUGCAGAUAAAGUUUGUUAUUUUUUCAUUUGAACGGUCGAAGCACACGUCAUUCCCCCCCCCCCCCCCCCCCUCUCGAGAGAAAUCUAGAGACUAUGAAAAAAUACAAAUUCAGUUGAAUCUGAAUCAUUCCGUCGUACGUCCAGAGGUCACGCGGAGGUCCCCGGGCCGACGUCGCGUCGCAGUGUGUGUGUGUGCUUUGGUGUGAUGCUACGAGUCGUUUACGUGUGGCAACAAAGAUUAUCGUUGAAAAAAAAAAAAGUGUUUGUGAAUAUAUUUACUUUGGACAAAGAGUAUAUAUACUUGAGGGUUCAUCGAGUGACCCUGGGUAACAUCCCUUUUGAAAUGUUGAAAAUGUGCAUACAGGACGACCCCCAACACCUACCCCAAAGCCAUAGGUCUCUGAGGACCGCCAAGCGGUCGACAGGGGGACCUUUUCAUUUGUUUGUUUUUUACAUCUUAUUUUCCACAACCAUAUCUGCGUGUUCAUAAUCAGGAGGCAGCCUUGUUUCAUUCAGUCCGUCUAAUUCCUCAUGGUACUACUGCUGUGACGUUUGACGGCGCCGCAGGUUUCCCAACAUGCAGCGCUCCGUGAGACAUCCGGUCUGUGUGGUGUACGUCAGUCCCCGCGGUUUUGGAUGUUUUUUUACGGAUGGUGUGUUGUUGAUCAACCAUCACGAGCCAUUUCAAAAUGUAUCCUGUAGUGACUUCACAAGUUGGAGUGUCCACCCAUGGAGCAAGCCCAUCCCCAUCCCCAGGAAGUGACCCAUUCACACAUCUGGGUAGACACUCCCAGUUCAUCUUUCCUCCUGCUACAUCUUCCGGUUCAUGUAUGACUGACUACUUUAGCGAGGUUUGCAUCACUUUCAUUUGUAUGAGAUGUCACCUUCACAUUAUGAAGACCACAGAAUCUGUCGGCAGAAAUCAUUCUGGAAGCCUCCACUCCGAACUAUAAAUGCAUGGGAACAUGUUCCUGUACGGCGGUUAUUCAACACAGGAGGUGAACUCGCCCUCUCUCUACAACUUGGGCUGCCACCUGGGUUAGUCUCUUCCUCCAUUAGUCCAUCGUCAGAAAAUGUAUCUAAUCUAGUUUUGAUUAUUUAUCAGUACGAGUGUGAUUUAUCAAGAAAAAAUACAACAUGUGCUGCUAUGGGGUCAACAGUCUCAUUAAUAAUGAAUGCACAGGAUUCACAAAUGUAUUUUGUGAUUUGUAUAUAAAUUACUCUCUUCUCACAAAUACUUUUCAAUGCACACACAAAUGGAUAUUGGUAUGUAUAAAUGUAAAAUAAAUCCAUAAACAAAAAUAAGUUUCACGAACACAUUUCUGAUCCACACACAAAUGUGUCUUGUUUUAAAUAAAUGUGAUAUAAAUCCAUAAAUAUAUGAAUUAAUUUUUUUUUUGCAAUUUUCAUCAACAUUUAUUUGGAUGUUGUUACAUUUAUAUACAAACUGUUAAACUUGAAUUUACAAGAUGCUUUUCAUUUGUGAACUUAUUGUAAUUUGUGUGUGAACUGGUCUGUAUUUAUAUGUGGAUAUUUGAGACUCUCCUGAUGUGGCUAGAUUCACAAAAAUGUGUUUGUGAAACUUAUUUUUGUUUAUGGAUUUAUUUUACAUACAUACCGAUAUCCAUUUGUGUGUGCAUUGAAAUGUAUUUGUGAGAAGAGUGUAAUAUAUAAAUCACAAAAUACAUUUGUGAAUCCUUCUCUGUGCAUUCAAUAUUAAUGCGACUGUUCUGACCCCAAAUGCUGCUGAAUGCUUCUGAAAUUCCAAUAUUUGGUUCAUGGAUCUUUAUGAAAUUAGUACUUUAGUAUUUCUCGGCUGCCUGUCAGAUAAAACAAGCACAUUUAAUACAUCAUGUUGGACUCUGGUUACUUGUGAUGGGCAUUUUCUAUUAUUAAUGACAAUAUACAGACAAAAACAAACCAACGUCCAAAAUAAUCAUUAGUUGCAGCCCUAUGCACAACGUUUGAGUUGUUGUGUUGUCCAUGUCAUUAGUAUUUUGUCCGAUGUUAAAUGAGCAUGUUCCCAGAAGACCAGCGGGACAAAAUGGACCACGCUCUUGCCGCAGCGCCCCCUCUGGUCGACGAGGUAUUGUCUCUGUAUUACUGCUGUUUUUGUAUCUUACUUCCAAAGGACUAUGUUUGACUGGACAUUAUGACCUUGACCUCCUGCGGCACAGACAGGAAGCAGUUGUGACUGCAGACAGGGGUCAUUUCCUAUUUGGGAGUUGUAAAAAAAAUAACAAGAACAUGUUUGUGUGGUUCAAACGGUUGUUUUUGCUACUAAAAAUAUAAAAAUAUGAAACAA